AUGCUUCGAACUCGCUGCCCACAAUGCCUCGAUCGAGCAUACAGUGCCGUCCUCUCCUCUCAUGGCUAUCCUAGCCCCACCAUCACAAUCUCCCAACUGAUCGCCCGCCGUCAAUACCACCCCGGGAGGGGUAGAAUGGUUCGACGCCCUCCCACAACUUUCACAGCUCCUCCUUCUACUGCAGUCGACAAACGUGGAAAGCCACUUACCCGUGGUGGCGAAAAAUCUCUUUCCGAACGCCGCUUCGAUGCCGGGCCCCGUUCUCGCGAUGCAGUCGACACUCAACCUUCAUAUGGAAAAGACGAAAAAGUCGGUGGAGGACUCUUCGAUGCUAAAGAGCUCAAGAUUACCCGGGUGAAGGACAAAAAAGUCGAUGCCUCAAAAAUCGCACAGACGGUGUUAAAAGCAUUGAACGGCACAAACCAAGAACACGAGGAAUCAAUCGAUAUGCUUCGAGAACUCACCAGUCGAUACGGUCGUACGGAUUUAGUAGUCGCAUGGAAUCAUGUUGUCGAAUGGAAGUUAAAACGGGGCAAUAUUCAAGCUGCUGUCAAGCUGUAUAACGAAAUGAAGAAGAGAGGGGUGAAACCUGAUUCAUACACUUAUUUACGAUUACUCAAUGGGUUGGCGGAUAAUGCUGCUACGACGCCCGGCGCGCUAGGGAGGGCUUUGACGGUUUAUUAUUCGCUGACUGCACCGUCGAGUACGGUUAAAGCGUCGAUAAUGCAUACCAAUGCUGCAUUGAAAGUUUGUGCGCAGGCGAAGGAUGCUGACGCUAUGUGGGAUAUUGCGGAGAGGAUACCUGAUAGGGGGAGGGGAUCAGCAGAUACGUUGACGUAUACCACUUUGUUGAAUGGGAUUAGGAAUAGUAUUGGGACGGGGUCGCCGGAUAAGAGUAUCAUGGAAGGUAGGGAGUUAUGGGAGAAUAUACUUAUAAAAUGGCAAGAUGGACAAUUGGAGAUGGACGAAGGGCUCGGAUGCGCUAUGGCGAGGUUGUUACUGAAGAGUAUGAAGGCGGAGGAUUGGGAUGAGGUGCUUAGUCUGUGUCAUGAUGUUUUCGGGGUGCCCAGGUUGAUCCCGAAGAUUGGAACGAAAGCGAGGACUUUGUUGCCGAUUAGGGAUAAGGGAAAGAAAGAGGUGGAAGAGGAUUUGGAGGAUAUGAAAGAAGGUGUGAAAGGUCUCUCGGCGGAUUUGAAGGGGAGGAUUGGAGACGCUAUUACGGCCGUUGGGGCGAAGGGUCGUAAAGAUGAGUUUGAAGAAGGAUUUGCGGAAGAAGUCGAAGUCGAAGAAGGGGAAGAUUUCACGGAUGAGCCGAUCUUAGGGAUCAAUACGGCUGGGAUGGAUAGUACGGCUUCGCUGAUUACUUCUCAGAUCCCGUCUAAGAAACCACAAAUUCUGAACAACGGACUUUCGGUCAUCCUCGAGGCUUGUUUGUCAUUAAGGGCCUACGACACCGCGGCGAACUAUUGGGAUCUUAUCACCGAAAGCUAUAACGUCCUUCCGGACCGCGAUAACUACAAUAAUCGCAUGAGAUGCUUGUCCAUGCAGGGUGACUCUGCGGCUUGUCUCGCUGUUGCGGAGGAGAUGAUCAAGAAGGGAGUUGAGCUAAACCAGAACCUAUUCUUCAUUGCGAUGAACGGGUGUAGGAGGAAUAAGAAGAUUGCAGGAUUCAAAGAUGCGUACAAACUACUGGAUCUAAUGCAGCGGGAAGCUAUCGAUGUGACAUCUAAGGUUCUGAUAGCUUUUAUUCGAACGGCUACGGUGACCGAAGAUGUUGGAGCUAUGAGGCAGGCUUGGAUGAAGAUUGGGCCGGGACUUUUCAAUAUUCACAAGCUUAUCGACCCCACGAAUAAAUCGAUCGAGAAGGUCGCAAAGGAUUUGGAGUGCUGUCAAGAGAUGGUUUCACUUUCGGACGCUAUUCUGAGUAGGAUGUACAAGGAUAAACUCGACACGGCGGACAAGGAGUUUGCAGACUGGGUUGAAGGGUCACGACAGAAGAUCCAUAAGUACAUCAACGAGUACUUCAAUAACAGAAAAGGAGAUCCAAAGCAAGCAACAUUAAUAGAAAAGCUCAGGGGACAUGAAAUGAAAACUAAAGUUGAUAAGGAAAAGCCACAGGAGAAGAAGUUGACGUUGGGCGGUGGGAGAGUUGGACGGUGGGAGAAGUUUGGAAGCGAGGAGAUGCAGAGACAACCAAGAAAAUUCGAUAGAGAAGUACUUGGAGAAGGAGAGGUCAGCCUUGAGGGCAUGAGCUUCAAGCCGAGGAGGAAUAAAAUGAUGAAUAUAGUCGGGGCGAGGGGGGGAGCACCUAGAACGAAGGAUUUUUUGAGGAACAAGGAUACGGAUUACACGGCGCAUUUUAGGCCGAACAAAGAGAGGAAGAAGGUGGAGAGGGCGAGUGAAUUCCAGUAA